GGCUGUCUUUUGCUUUGAGCAUAAAUUUUGAUAUUACUUUAAAAUAAUAAAUUACAUAGUUUUUAACUACAAUUAACAAGAAAGGGCCGUAUUUAAAGACUUUCAUAAUAUCUUUGCUAUAUGUAAAAUAAAAUUGCGCUUUAAGCUUUGAUGAUUUCUUAAUUUUGUGGAAAAAAAACUAGAAUUACAUGCACAAAAUAAAAUUUCAAUUAUUUGGUAAUUAAAUUCACUUAAAAUAUACGAUGACAGGAAGAAAGUUUGGAAAGUUAAUAGGUGUACUGGAAGUAGGCAAUUCAUACUGUAAAUUCCUCAUUUACGCAUUGAAAAAUAGUGAAAUCCUAACGUGUCACGAGCUCAAAAUUAAUAAAAUUGAUGGAAAUGAUGAAGAUGAAUAUGAUCCUAUUGAACUUUGGAAUACUGUACAAGAAGUAAUUCAUAUAGUUGUUGGAAAUCUUCAUAUUCUUGAAAUAAAUUGUAAUGACAUAAUAGGAAUCAGUAUAACAAAUCAACGAGAAACGACUUUGUUAUGGAAUAAGGAAGGUCAGGUGCUGAAUAUUUUAAGCUGGUGUGAUGAGCGUUUAGUUUCAUUAAAAGAUUCAAUUCUGGCACGAACAAGAAACAAGAAGAAUUAUCUCAGAUCUGUCUGUGGAUUACCAUUUGACAUAUGCUUUAGUGGACUUAAGAUACAAUGGUUAAUUGAAAAUAACAAGGCAGUACAGGACUCGAUAACGAAUAAGGAAUGUUAUUUUGGUAAUUUAGAUUCAUGGAUUGUUUGGAAUUUGACAGGGGGUCAAUCACAUUGUACAGACGUAACAAACGCAUCUAGAACGCUAUUAAUGGAUCUAGAAACACUCCAGUGGAAUAAGAGACUUUGUAACUUUUUUAAUAUCCCAAUGAGCAUUUUACCAAAGAUUCGAAGUAAUAGUGAGAUUUAUGGAUAUGUCAAAAUGAAUGGAUCAAGGGUUUUAGAGGGGAUACCUAUUGCAAGUGUAAUGGGUGAUAAAAAUAGUGCUCUCUUAGGUCAAUUGUGCUUAAAGCCUGGACAAAUUGAAUGUCAUUUUGAGAAUGAUUGCUCUAUAAUGUUUAAUACAGGCCAAGAAAUUAUCCAUUCCGAAAAUGAUCUCCUUACAACGAUUGGAUUUCAAUUAGGACCUAACGAAAAACCAUUUUAUGCUCUUGAAGGAUACAUCGGAAACGCUUGUUCAACGGUUGAUUGGUUGAAAAAUUCAAUAUUGCCCGAAUCUAAUAAUAAUUUUGACGACAAUAUCUCACCAGUUUCAAGUUUUAUUGCUAUGAGAAACGGAAAUUGCUUUAAAAAGUUUCGUGAAGAAGAGAUUAUCUUUGUGCCAGCUCUAAAAGGCCUUUGUGCCCCAAACUUUCUUUAUCAAGCUAAAGGCUUCAUUUCUGGCUUAACAAUAAACACAACUUCUCAUCAACUAUUUGUAGCUGCAAAGGAAUCCAUAUGUUUUCAGACCAAAACAAUACUCGAAUCAAUAAGAAGAGAUUGCAAGACAUGGCCGAGUAUAUCAAAAAUUGUUGUUGGUGGAGAAUUUACCGAAAAUGUUGAUUUUCUACAAUUGUUAGCCGACUUGUGUUCAAUUACAGUUGAAAGACCUCAAAUUUCACCACCAGUUUCACUCGGUAGCAUGCUAUCUGCAGCACUUACUUUGAAGUGUAUUACACUGGAGGAUUUCAAAAAGACUUAUAUUCCGCCAGUUGAUAUUUAUAACUCAACCAUCAAUUCAGAUAUUAGUGAUCAACGUUAUGUCAAAUGGCUGUCUAUAUUUAGGUCAAAUUUAUAUGUAAAUGGACAAAACCCUCGCGAACAAGUGCAUAAAAUCAUUGAAGCUAAAACUGCACAUCAAUACAUAUUAGAUUCUCUACCAGGCUGUUUAUAUUUAUUUUCAUCUUACGUAAUUUAUGUUCUGAGCCAAUUAGCUCCAAAGUCAUAAUUUUAUAGUCAUUUUUAUUUAGUAUCUACUUUAAAAUAAAAGUUUCAUUUCAAAAG